UAACUUAACAUAAACAAUAUUGUUUCUGGUCACAGUUUUGAACACAAUGAAUGGUUUAAACAUAUAGAUUCCCCUAUGAUGGCUUAUUUCACAAUAGUUGAUCAAUAUGGAUUAUUUGAAUGGAUAAAUUAUAAUACCUAGUAUUUAUAUAUUGUCAUAGAUACACAGAAGUAAAUAUUUUUGUAAACAUCAUUUAAUAUUAAAGGACAGGUAUAGAAGUGGUUUUGGUCAUUGGAUAUAGAUCUUUGUGACAAAAACAUUGGGUAUAUUGGUGAUUCAUCUUAUACAAGUGUAUGGUGUUCAUGAUGAGAGAGGUAACAUGACGAUGAGCUUCUAUGCCUGCCUAGCCUAUGUAACAUCAAUCCUCAUUGGUUUACUGCUUUACUACACCUACCAACGACGCGAAAAGACAAAAAUGGCUCCUUCAACUGCUGAUCUGCGAAGGCGAAAAAGACUGCAGAAAACGCCAUCAAUUUUAUCGGUUUUGGGUUUUGAAAGAAAUAAUAAUGACAAGAUUUUCUAUGCAAUCGAGGAUCAUUUCAAUAGUUUUAGUGAGGUCAGUAGAGCAUGUGCGCGCGCUGGCCUAGAAAAGUGUGGCCUAAUUGUUGGUGUGGAUUUUACUGCUAGCAACGAGUGGCAGGGACGCAAAACAUUCAGUGGCAACUCUUUGCAUAAAAUAACCGGCUCAAAAAUCAUCAAUCCAUAUCAAAAAGUCAUUCAUAUCAUGGGAAACACAUUAGAACCAUUUGACGAAGAUCAGCUCAUUCCAGCGUUUGGUUUCGGUGACGCUGAAACCUUAGACAACAGUGUCUUUCCGUUCAAUACCGACAGUUCGCCUUGCAAAGGGUUUGCAGAGGUGUUGUACAGAUACAACAGCAUUGCAGCGGGCGUGCAACUCAGUGGACCUACUAAUUUUGCUCCAUUAAUACACAAAGCCAUUGACAUUGUGAAACAGGAAAGACAAUACCAUAUUCUAUUAAUAAUUGCCGAUGGGCAAGUUACGGAAGAAGAUCAAACUAUUGAUGCCAUUGUUCAAGCGUCAGAUUAUCCAUUAAGCAUCGUUGUGAUAGGGGUCGGUGAUGGUCCAUGGGAAACAAUGGACGACUUCGAUAAUCUACUGCCAAAGAGAAAAUUUGAUAACUUUCAGUUUGUGAAUUACCACAGAGUGACAUCAAAAUCACGGAAACCUGAGACAUCAUUAGCUCUGCAUGCCAUGAUGGAGAUACCAGAUCAGUACAAAACCAUUAAGUCAUUAGGUUAUUUAAGAAAAGAGAAGUUUGAAACAUUUGUAUGAUGAUAAGUGUAGUCUUUAUGACAAUAAUAUGCAAAUAGCUCAUACAGAGUCAUGGAUGUAGACUUUAUCUACUUAAUAUUAGUUUUUGUUAAAGAUGCACUCUCACAGAUUGACAACUUUUUUUGUUGUCUUGGAAUAGCCAAUUUUGUACCUAAAUGUCUGGAAACCAGUGAUAUAAGACUGCUGACAAAAGAUCAGAUCUCACUGUUUUCUUAUUAAUGUUCUAAAAUGAUGUUUAAUGUCUAAAAGUGUUACUAAAGCUUUAAAAAAAAAAAAUUUCGACAGUUUUCCAAACAAUUGAGAGCUGUUCUAUUGUAAUUAAUCUUAUUUGACUGAAUUGAAGGCAUAGAUGCUGAAUUCAGCUGAUUCUGAGACAAAAUUUAAAGAAAAGACAACACUGUUAAUCUGUGAGAGUGCAACUUCAGGAGAAAUCAUUAACAAGUGUUUGUAUCGCAAAUGUUCAGGAACAUUGUUUAUUUGGUUCACCCUUUUAAUCAUUUCAUUUUUUGGAAAAGGUGCUUUUCAACUUCUAGUUUAAAUAUUUCACUACAUAUUAUGAUUAUAUUUCAUUAUUUGUCUUUGUUAUAACUUUAUAAAUCAUCGCUGCCAAAAUUGACUAUCAUUAUUAUACAUGAACAUUAUUUUUGUAUCUUUUUUUGUUUGUAAAGAAUUAUAACUCUGUUAUUCAGGAACUGAAGUUUUGAUUCAAUAUUUGUUGAAAAUAUACCGGUACAUAUAAUUUAGGAAGUACAAGGAUGAAUUAAAAGUAAGAAAAUACAUAACUCAGAUUAUCUUUUGUAAGAUGAAGGCAUCUGUUAAACAAAAAUAAUAUAAGACUAAAGAGCAAUACUUUCUGACUAAAAAUGAGAGUUAUUGAAGAUAAUUGCUUUAUAAGAAUGUGCAUGAUAUGUGUUAGGAGCAUUAUUAGGGCUUUUUCUAGCUAUUCCAUGGGUCGGGUAUUCUUAGUUGUAUGAUGCUAUUGAAUCUCCCAGCUUUCACAAGUUACUUCUUGAAAUACCAUUCCAAAUUUACUGAUUUCAGUGAUUUUUCACUCUAUUUUUAGGCGCAACCAUUUGUUCCCAAAAGGCCUAUAAUAGAAGCCUGGUAUUGCCUGCUGGUUCAUUUGGAAUAUAUCAUAUAACAUGAAUUGUCUUAUAAUGUAUUCUUUAUAUGCAAGAUGUCUGAUGCCAGUAUAUUGAACGCUUUGCAAAUAUUGUUACAGUCCGUUUAUCACCAUUAUUUAUGUGUCAUACAUUUUCUAGGAGCAUGCCAAGGAAAACAAGACGAUUAUUUUAAAAACAUUGCCUUAAGUAUCAUACUCAAUCAUUUUACUAAAACCAGACUGUGCAGUUGAGUUAAGGGUUACUAAAACCAGACUGUGCAGUUGAGUUAAGGGUUACUAAAACCAGACUGUGCAGUUGAGUUAAGGGUUACUAAAACCAGACUGUGCAGUUGAGUUAAGGGCUACUAAAACCAGACUGUGCAGUUGAGUUAAGGGUUACUAAAACCAGACUGUGCAGUUGAGUUAAGGGUUACUAAAACCAGACUGUGCAGUUGAGUUAAGGGUUACUAAAACCAGACUGUGCAGUUGCAGUUGAGAUAAUGCUCAAAGUCUUCAAGUUUCAAGAGUAAAUACUUGUCAUGUUAGGUCUGUUUUCAUGGAGAUAUGUAAUCUUGUUCUACAACUUCAUGUAUUACUGUGUCUUAGGCAUUUAUUAUUAUAAUGCAUUUUUAUCUGUGUUUAUCAGUUUAGACAGCAUUAUAAUUCUUGAAUUGUUUCCCAUGAAAACAUUGAAAUCACAAUUUUUAGUGGAGAAUUAUGCAAACUUCCUGAUUGAUUGUUAAUAUGGGUGGGUUAUUCAUUAGUGUUAUAAUCAAUAGAUCUGCCUGGCUCAGAAAAAUGGGGACCAAAAGUUUAGUGGUUGCUGAGAUCUCCUGCAUUAAUAUUGAUUUGUGUUUUUUGUAAUACCAACUUCUAAUGCAUAAUCUUUAUUUUCACUCACAAUUCAUAUAUCUGAAGCCCAUUUAAUUAAAAGAUUUUAGUCAAUUUUAGAUAGUAGUAUAAUUUAGCAAAUCUUUAAACUGUAGAUACAUCAAGGAUGGCUGGCUACAGUUUUUUGUUUCCUCAAAAUUGUUUUCAUCUCGUACAAUGAUUUAAGGUCAGUCUUCAUAAAUGUAAACCAAAAAUAGCGAAAAAUAUAACACUUCAAAAAUCUGAACAUGUAUGCAUGAAUAUAGCUGAUUUUGUUUCUUUUUUGAAACUUUGAAUUCAGCUUUAUAAUAUCUAUAAGGUUCAAUUCAUAUGUAUAUCAUAUUGUAUUUAUACGAAACUAUGACCCUAGAUAUAAUUUCAUAUAAGAUCUAUAAAAAAAUGGGCUUUUGAUGCAUUUAAAUACAUUACAGACACAUAUAUAUAGUGUUUGUCACAUGACAGGAAUGUCGGCUCAAAGACAAUUAUUUGGAAUAAUCUUUUUUUGACAUAUCAUGAUAUUGUUCAAGUGUGAUUUAUUCAAACUUAUUUUUGUCCAUAUAAGAAGGCUCCUGACUUUGUACAUGUGGCAUAAAUAAGGUCUCCUCUCCUGUUACUUGGCUCAACAUUUCUGAAAUGUUAUAAGGGAACAAUUGUCAAUACUGAAUGAGCAGUAAUGAAGUGCUACUCCAAUAUGAAUUAGUGGCAAGUGUGUGUAAAUACAAUCUGAUGCCUAUUGUUAAACUGGAUGUUAAAGCGGAAGUCAUUGCCAUGAUUACUGUUUACUUGAUUGAUAUUUUGAAUUGUCAAUAUUUCUUUAUAAUGUUCCACCACUUUUGUUGACAUUUACACUUUAUGUCCUUACUACAUGUAUACAUUUGUUUUCAUAUAACACCACACUUAAGAAUUAUGCUGAUAGCAAAACCCAGGCCCCUAGCUUUAAGUUCAAUGUCAAUGUUUUAGGUCAAUGCAUCAAGCCCAGAUUGAGGUCGAUGCAUCAAGCCCAGAUUGAGGUGGAUGCAUCAAGCCCAGAUUGAGGUCAAUGCAUCAAGCCCAGAUUGAGGUCAAUGCAUCAAGCACAGAUUGAGAUCAAUGCAUCAAACCCAGAUUGAGGUCAAUGCAUCAAGCCCAGAUUGAGGUCAAUGCAUCAAGCCCAGAUUGAGGUCAAUGCAUCAAGCCCAGAUUGAGGUCAAUGCAUCAAGCCCAGAUUGAGGUCAAUGCAUCAAGCCCAGAUUGAGGUCAAUGCAUCAAGCACAGAUUGAGAUCAAUGCAUCAAACCCAGAUUGAGGUCAAUGCAUCAAGCCCAGAUUGAGGUCAAUGCAUCAAGCCCAGAUUGAGGUCAAUGCAUCAAGCCCAGAUUGAGGUCAAUGCAUCAAGCACAGAUUGAGAUCAAUGAAUCAAGCACAGAUUAUGAUCAAUGCAUCAAGCACAGAUUGAGAUCAAUGCAUCAAACCCAGAUUGAGGUCAAUGCAUCAAGCCCUGAUUGAGGUCAAUACAUCAAGCCCUGAUUGAGGUCAAUACAUCAAGCCCUGAUUGAGGUCAAUACAUCAAGCCCUGAUUGAGGUCAAUACAUCAAGCCCAGAUUGAGAUCAAAGCAUCAAGCCCAGAUUUAAUUCAAACUUCAUACACACUUUUAAAGAGGCAUUAAAAUUUAAAGUAAUCAGAAUGCAAUUCUUCAGACAUAGUACAGAUUACAGAAGCUCGUAUUAUUUCCAUGCACAUUCAUAACUCACUUUCCGCAAAAGAAUUAUUGAAUUACUAUCUAGAAUAAAACAAAAACCAGGUUACAUAAAUAUCAAUUUAUUCUUCUUUUAUUUGCAGUCUUAAUUUAUUUUUCUUGCAAUAUAUCCAUUAUAUUAGAUUACAUGUCUAGUCUGAAAAUGUUAAAUUGACAUUUCAAUCCCUGGUGUUUUAACUGUGAUAAGAUUCAACUGAUAAGGACCUCUGUCUGGCAAGCUCAUAAAAUGUUCAGAAACCAGAAAAUACAUAUCAAAAAAAAAAACAGGGCAAGAAAUAUUUUCAGAAGAGUUAUAAUUUUGUCUACUUUCGAGUAAAGCAGAACAAUAAUGAACGUAACAUGGUGUAACAUAUUGUUACACAAAGGUUAUCUAUUAUAAUUAAAUGGGCAGUUUUGGCUUCUGGAAAUUCAAAAGAUUCUUAUUUAAUGGUGUGUUUGUUAGUUUAGUUUAAACAUAUUUAUUUUACAACGAUUGUGAAACAAGUUAUUACAACAUUAUAUUAAUCACUCUCGUUGGCACGAUUUUACGCGAGAGUGUGGUCUUGUGUUGUGGGGGAAACCGGAGAACCCGGAGGAAACCCACUUGUCCGGCUUGGUGACCACAAACCAAACUGUUAAUCCAUUUCCCACAAAAGUUCCUAUAAAGGUUCUAGACAUCAGCUGAUACAACUGCAAGAAAAAAAAACUUAAAACAUAGAAUUGAUAUUGUUGCGCUCAAUGCAUUGAAUUUUACUUACUGAUGUAUUACAUCGCUUACAACACAUGUAUCUUUAAAAGUUUUUGUGUAUAUUUCCAAUUCAGAAAUUUACUGGGUUUGUCGCAGCCACGUAACUCCCAGUUAAUAUGAAAAUAGCGUCGGUAUAUGUAUCUAUACUUAUCACGUGACUUUCACACGCUAAAUAAACACACUACGAGCUGAGAAACAAUUAUGUGUUAUUUUUAAACGGGUCAGCGACAAAAUAUUCUUUUAAGCAUGUAAAGUGAUGUAUUAUCGGCCUCAUACUAGCUGGUAUUAAUAAUUCUAGGCUUGUUUUGAGGACGUACUAUAUUUGUCGGUUUUGGAACCAUCUGGUGUCUAGUCCCUUUAAAGGUAGCAAAGGUGACUUAUUUGAACUCAAGUGUCCUGGUACACAUAGUAAAUUCUUCUCUAAAAUCAUUUUAAUGGGUUUGUCAUUAAGGGUAUUUCAUCAUUUGUAACUUGUUAACUAGCUGAUUUAUAAUGCUAGAUGCUAUCAAAUGUUUUCUGGUUUGGUCCAUCAUGAUGCCUGUGUUUAAUCACUUCAUACUUACAAGCCAGUUUUUGAUGUGCGUGUCUACCUGUAGCUGUUCUGUUUUGUUAGUACUGCACAUAUUUACAAUUUUCUCUAAAAUGUAUGUUUUUUGUCACAUUGAAAUUUGUAAAAGACACAAAAUGUUCAUGCAAUAAUAUGAAAAUAUCAAUUCAUGUAUUAUAUUAUAUUUGUUUAUGUCGGGGUAUAAUUGUUUUGUUUUUGUUUUAUGCGAUUGGUCAUUCCAAAUAUACAGUUCUGUUAAAAUGUGAAUAAAUGUUUAUGUAUAAAUAUG